UUUUCCUGAUCUCUCGAAUUAAAGUUUGUUUUUUCUUUUCACUUUCCAAAUUGCUUCACUCACUGUCUUGUCGAUUCUGCUUACCAUUUUCCUGAAACUUCUUCUUCUUCUAAGCUCUGUUUUUCUUUUCUUUUUUUCUGUUACAUGAUCAGAGAAAAACCUAAAUUUGGGAUUUUCUUCUCCACUCAAAAGUCUCGCAUUCCACCCCUUAAUUUCAGAGAGGCGAUAAAAAUCGCCUUUGGAUUUUCUUUGUUUAUGGUCUGGUCAAGUGGAGGAACGAUUGUUAUAGCUAGUGGAAACUCAAUCCCGAGGUUACCCCUCAAAAAACCUUUCGGAUUUUAUGUAAAUGGGAUUCGAAAUCAUCUUCCGAUUAGUGUCACAGCUAUUAGAAGACGAUCAUCAAUGGCGGUGGGCGCGAUGCCGAUGAGAUCAAAAUCAUCACCGAGGAGGAGGAACAUCGUCUGCGGCGUUUCCCCAUCGCCGACGACGGUGGUUGAUGAAGAAGUGGCCGUUAGACGGGGUUUAGCAAUGAGGCGGGUUUUGGAGGAUGACGGUGGCGAUGGAAUCUACGUCAGAGAUUUCUCUCUCUUCCCGACAAAGAGAGGAGACACGUUGUUCACUCAGUCAUGGACACCUGUUGGCUCCGUUAAGAACAGGGGCUUUGUUGUUCUGCUACAUGGUCUGAACGAACACAGUGGCAGGUAUAGUGAUUUUGCAAAGCAGCUAAAUGUUAAUGGAUUCAAGGUCUAUGGACUAGACUGGAUCGGUCAUGGUGGAAGCGAUGGACUUCAUGCUUAUGUUCCUUCUCUUAAUUAUGCUGUUGCUGAUUUGUAUUUGCAGAAAUCGUUUCUUGAGAAGGUAAUAGCAGAAAACCCGGGAUUGCCCUGUUUCUGCAUUGGCCACUCAACAGGAGGAGCCAUCAUCUUAAAGGCUAUGCUAGAUCCAAAGAUCGAAGCUCGAGUUUCAGGGAUUGUGUUAACUUCACCUGCAGUUGGAGUCCAACCAUCUCAUCCUAUUUUUGGCGUAAUUGCACCGGUCCUUGCGUUCCUCAUUCCGAGGUAUCAGUUAAGUGCUGCAAAGAAGAAAAUAAUGCCGGUUUCUCGUGACCCGGAAGCUGUCGUGGCUAAAUACUCUGACCCGUUAGUCUACACCGGGUUUAUCCGAGCAAGAACCGGUAACGAGAUCCUUAGACUUGCUGCUCAUCUGCUGCAGAAUCUGAAAAGAAUCAAGGUCCCGUUUCUCGUGCUGCACGGCACAGCCGAUACAGUUACUGAUCCUAAAGGGACUCAGAAGCUUUACAACGAGGCUUCCUCGUCCGACAAGUCGAUCAAGCUGUUCGAUGGGUUGCUGCAUGAUCUGCUCUUUGAACCGGAACGGGGAAUUAUCGCUGGAGUCAUAUUGGAUUGGCUAAACCGGCGGGUUUAAAUCUAUCAACCCAAAUGUAGCAGUUUUAUUGUAAGAAUUUAAUCAUACGAAUUUGUAACUACAUUUAGUGAUCUCCUUGGCCUUUUUUGUUGAUAUAAAUCGAGAUAAUCACGAUUCUAACAU